CGCUGGAUAAUGUUGGUGGUUUCCAGCUAGUAGCCCUUUCUGCCCGGGCCAAUGGGGUAAUUUUGUGGAGAAAGCAACCACAUGUUCAACCACGUUAGUGACCUAGACUUGUCUCAAUUUGAGUUCAUUUAGCUCGUAUUUUCAAGGCCUGCAUUUCACUUGCUCCUUGCUGCUUAUUCCUGCUGUGGUGGAAAGGGGGAAAACGCCGGGCGGCACUCCCAGGUCACACAGUUACAUGGGUAGGAUAGUCAAGUCAAUUUAAGACCUGGAUCCCGCCCUUUUGGCCGACGCUUUUCCCUCUUUCCCCCCCGUGAGACUUUCUAUUCCCCGUAGCUCUCCCUCAAAGUGACACGGUGGUAAAGCCUGAAAUCCGACAAGAUGGCGGCAGAAAGCGUCGCCGAACAGCGGGAUGAGAAGCCUCAGAGCGAGAAGGUGGACAUCCACCAGUCUGAGGUUCUGGACAACCCCGAUCUUAUGCAUGAAGCCUUUGAUGGUGAGAAUUACGAGCAUCAAAUGGGUGUCUGGGAGGCUGCUAAGCAGUACCCUUGGGCUUGCUUCUGGGCGUUCAUCAUGUGUUUCACUAUCGUCAUGGAAUCGUUCGACAUGUUCCUCAACACCAAUUUCGUCGCACUUGAUCACUUCUCCAAGGUCUUCGGCGUCGAAACCUCACCGGGUGUCUAUGCGAUCCCGACUAAAUGGCAGAGUGCUCUGUUCCAGUCUGGUCAAUGCGGUGCCUUCGUGGGUGUAUAUCUGGCGGGACCGAUCACCAACAAGAUCGGAUACCGCUGGACGACUAUGCUGGGUCUGGUUCUCAUGAACGCGACGAUUUUCAUCUCAUUCUUCGCGAACUCCCUCACUCUGCUCGUGGUCGGCCAAGCCCUAGAAGGUGUCCCAUGGGGUUUCUUCAUCGCCAACUCCCCAGCCUACGCCAGUGAAGUCGUUCCCCUUCCCCUCCGCGCUGCAGUCACCGCAACCUUGCAAAUGAGUUGGUCCAUUGGUUCCAUCAUCGUCGCGGGUGCUACAUAUGGCUACAACUCUCUCGAGACGCAAUGGGAAUGGCGCGCACCACUUGCCCUGCAGUGGAUCUUCCCGACUCCCCUCAUGGUCCUCCUCUUCUUCGCCCCCGAAUCCCCCUGGUGGCUCAUUCGCCGCGGCCGCAAAGAAGAAGCCCUGAAAUCCAUCAAACGCCUCGGCGCCAAAACCGAAGCACAAGCCCACCAAUCCCUCGCCAUGAUCGAACGUACAGUCAAGAUCGAAGAGGAAACAGGUGGUAACCCCACGCUACUCGAUCUCUGGAAGGGUACCGAUCGCAGACGAACAAUCAUUACCUGUCUCAUCUACGCGUCGCAGAAUUUCGCGGGUAACUUGAUCGCGAACCAGGCUACAUACUUUUUCGAGCAGGCCGGCAUCUCCGCCGACAAAGCCUUCCAACUGAACCUCAUCACAACCUGUCUUCAAUUCGUCGCCAACGCCGUUUCCUGGGUCCUCACCUCAUGGUUCCGCCGCCGCACUGUCUUCCUCUACGGUACCGCCACAAACAUCGUCUUCCUGUUCAUCCUCGGAAUCAUCGCCUCCGUACCACAGAACCACAAGACGAAUUACGCGCAAGCCUGUCUCGGUGUGAUCAUUUCCGUGGUCUUCGCCGGCGCACAAGGCCCCAUCUCGUACACUAUCAUCUCCGAGACAUCAUCGGUGCGGCUCCGCGCGCUAAGCACAGCUGUUGGACGGUCCGCGUACUACAUUACUGAAAUCCCGAUGAUUUAUCUGUCGUCCCGGAUGCUGAAUACCACAGGGUGGAACUUGGCCGGCAAGUGCGGGUAUGUCUGGGGAUGCACGGCGCUGGUGGUGUGGGUUGGAGCGUACUUUGGAUUGCCUGAAUUGAAGCAUCGGUCGUAUCGUGAGGCGGAUAUUUUGUUCAAGAGAAAGAUUUCUGCGAGAAAGUUCAAGACGACGGAGAUUGGGGUCGAUGAGAACGAGUAGUGGGUUGAUUUGGGGUGUUGUGGGGUGGAAGGUGAGGGGGUGGUUGUAGUAUGGGGAUCUUUUGAGAUUGGUAGUAUAGUAGUGAAUUAUGGAGUUCAUUGGGAUAAUCUUGGUCUUCU